CUACAGCUGCUGCGGAAUCUCACACAGCGGAACCUUUCAUUUCUGCGGAAACAAAGCGCGGAAGGGAAAGACGGUGGGAUUGCAUUGCGGCACCGGACAGAGUUGAUUGAAACACCUGCUUGAUACAUGUGAGUGUUGCCUUGGCAACGGAGCAAUGAGGCGGCUGUACGUCGGUGGGUUGAGCCACACGGUCACCCAGAAUGAUCUGAAGGAGCGAUUUGGAAGGUUUGGAGAUGUGGAGGACGUGGAGGUCCGGACAAGGAUGGACGACGAGGGUGUUCCUUAUAAAACCUUCAGCUACAUUAACAUCAACAUUUCAGACGGCGACCUGAAGAAAUGUAUGACGUUGUUGAACAAAUCCAAAUGGAAAGGAGGAACUCUGCAGAUUGAAACCGCCAAGGAGAGUUUCCUGCAGAGGCUGGCGGAGGAGCGGCAGACGGCAGCGGAGCAGAAGGGCCUCCGGCAGCCUAAAGCUGAGGACCAGAAGCAGAAGGUGCUGGACUCCCUGAGCAAAGCCGGCGUGGAGAACUUCACCAUGAAGGCCGCCGUGCCGGGGACCGAAGUGCCGGGACACAAGGACUGGGUGGUCAGCAAAUUCGGGCGAGUCCUCCCCGUCCUGCAGCUCAAGGCUCAGAAAGGCAGCAGGGCUCGGACGCUGAAGUACGACCCGUCCAAAUACAGCCACAACAUCCGCAAGCUGGACCGGGCCGGCGGCGCCGACCUUCCCACGCCGGUCACGCCGGUCACACAGCUCACCUGGGAGGUGCAGGGCGGCGACGACGACAUCAGCAAGAAGAGGCGGGGAGAGUUCCCUCUGUAUGAGCCGCCGAGACGCAAGAAGGGUCGGGCGGACGCGGGGAGCGCCCGCGAUGCUGAAGGCGCAGCCAGAGCCAAGCCGACCGUUGGCUCCGCCCCUCGCGCCGAGGCCCCGCGGCUCGCCAACGGAAGAGAAGCGGCGACCGACCCCGGGCCGGCUCGGAGGGAGUGGCCGCGCUUCGCCGGCGCCGAUUCAGACGACGAAAUCCGCAGACUGGUGGCGCCGCAGGACACCUCCCAUGAUGCACUGCGGCAGGAAGAGGACGACGACGGGGAUAAGCUGGAGGUAGUCGGACUGGACUAUCUGGUGAAGUCUGGCCGGAAAGGAGGUCCAGAUCACAAAGACGAGAAUGACUACGACUCCGCAGACACGGAUGAACUGUUCGCCUCCAGGAAAGCUGCUCUUCCUCCACCGCAGGAGAGACCGACUCCACGAGCUGCAGCGGGCAACCGGAAGAGAAAGCUGAUGAAGAAGAAGAAGAAGAAGAGUGGAGGUGGGGAGGAGGAGGUGGAGGAGGAGGAGGACGAUUCCUCAGAGGAAGAGGUCUUCUCCAGGAAACCGCCUGCUGAAUGCAGUUCUCAGAACCAAAGUAAGAAGAUGAGAGUCCUCCCCGUUGUGAAUCCCCCCUCCUCAGAAUCCGAUGGAAGCGAGGAGGAGGAAGAGGAAGAAGAACCGUCCGAUUGCAGCGAUUCUGACUAUGAAGCCAUGUUCUCCAACGUCACCCAUCUGUCGAUCUCCCUGGCUGAUCUCCAGAAGCUGGCUGAGGAAUCCCCGCAAACCCCUGAGACCCGUGAGACUACAGCUCCCAGCGUCCUGCCGCCUGCACACAAGAAGGGCAUCCUGCCCGAGGAGAUCCUCGCCUCCCUCAUGAGGGACGACCCCAGAAAGGACAAGCUGAAAGAGCGAAUAAAAGCACCUCCACUGCCAGCGUUCAAAGGGACGAGAGCGCUGAGCGGGGGGGAGGAGAGGAGACCGAAAGAGGAGGGAGGAGGUAGCGUCAAAAAACAGAAGCUGGUGGAGGAACCUCCUCCGAUGAAUCACAAAGCGACAGGAAGUACAAUCAACGGACGGGACCUCGCGGAGUCAGAGAGCAGUGAGGAGGAGGAGGAGGAAGCAGCGUGCGAGGUGGUGAAGAACAUUGCUGAGGCGGGUUCCUCCUCUAGCAGUGAGGAGGAAGAGGAGAAAAGGAAGAAGAAGCAUCUCACCGCUCAGCCUGAAGCAGCAGCAGCCUCUUCCUCCAGCUCCUCCUCAUCCUCUGAGGAAGGGCAAGAAAACGCUGUGAAAGCAGCAAAACCUCCCGCUGCUCCCGACAGUGAGUCCUCCAGCGAAGAAGAGGAGGAGGAGGAGGAGGAGAAGAAGCAGGCUCCUCCCCUCCGCCUGCCGCUAGGAGCGAAGGAGGAAGAGGAGCGUCAGAGGAAGGCCAACGAGAGGAGGCUGGCUGCCGUCCAGCAGAGACAGAAAGAGGCCGACGAGCACAAGCAGCUCAUCCAGGGAGCUUUAUCCAACCUGGACGCUCCAAAAGCGGCGGCAGGGAAGCACAUCGUCUUCGGCUCCGACGACGAAGACGAGCGGCAGACGACGCCAAAGAAGACGGUGUCCCGGGACGGCCGGUCGGAGGGCGAGGCCACGGUAGGAGAUGAGGAAACCGCAAAAGGAAAGAUGUGUCCGAAGCCGUCUGUCCCUCAACUGUUUGCCGGCGACGAGGAGGAAGGUGACGAAGAGGAGGACGGCAGCAGAUUCGACAUCAAGCCUCAAUUUGAAGGUCGAGUGGGACAGAAGCUGAUGGAGCUGCAGUCUCGUUUCGGGAGGGACGAGCGAUUUAGAAUGGACUCUCGCUUCUUGGACGAAGAGGAAGAGGAGGAGUCAGAGAAAAAGAAGAGCGGCACUGAGGAAGAGGAGGCUCUGGACGAGGAGAAGAAGAAGAACCUGUCGAUCCUGCAAGACGUCCUCGGCGGCAGCCGACCAGCCGGCGGCGCCAAGACGGCCGCCAAGCCCAAAGCCUUCAGAGACGUCUCAGCGCUGCAUUACGACCCGAGCAGAGAGGAACACGCUGCGUUCGAGACCAAAACGGACAACGCCAAGAAGGACAGCAAGGCGGCCCGGAGGAAGAAGAGGGAGGAGGCCCAGAAGCUUCCGGAGGUUUCCAAGGAGAUUUACUACGACGUGUCCGGCGACCUGAAGGCCGUGUUCGGUCAGGCGAAGGUGGCGGCGGAGGAGGAGGACGUCGUCCCCGCCGCCGAAGACGAGGAGACCAACUGGGACCGAGAGGAAGAGGCAGAAGGAGGAGGCGGCGAGGACGAAGAGCCGGCCCUGCAGUCGUCCCUCCUCGGCGCCGAUCCCGCAGCAGAGAGCGAGGAGGCGUCCGGGUUUAAAUUCUCCUUCUUCGAGGACGACGCGCAAACAGGAAGUGGAGAGACGGCAGAGUACAAAGUAGAGAGCAUCCAGGCGCCAAAGGUGUCAUGGCAGCAAGACCUGCGUUUCCCAGACAGCAGCUCGGAUGAUGAUGAUGAGGAGGAGCAGCCCGAGGAGGAAGAGCAGGAGCAACCCGACGUCACCGCUAAAACCACAGAAGUGGAGAUUCCCUCAAAGCCGCAGCUGUUCUUCUUCUACUGUGACGACAGCAGACUGACCGAGGGUCCUCGGUCGUUCUGUCGUCCCUCUCACCUGGAGGAGCAGAGGGAGCAGUGGGAGGAGAGGAGGACCGAGCUCAGAGAGGAGUACCGCAAAAAACACAAGGACGCCCGGAGGAAGCUGAGGUCCUCCCUGAAGAGCUGAGGAUUAUGGGAAGUUCACCGGUCCGGAUUUCAGAAUCGGGGGCUGACGGAUCAUUUGUCCCCUCUUGGUGCUGUUUUGUGCUGCAGGCGGGUUUCCAGUCAGCAGGAUGGACACCAAGUGGCAGCUGAAGACGCACAACGAGUAACAUCCUCAGAGUCAUUUUUUUUCUUCUUCAUUUUCCUAAAAUAUGUUGCGGACAGUACUGUAGUUGCUAUGGUGAUGAUGCUGCAAAUGAACAUCCAGCACGUACCUCAGACCAGAGGACCAACCCUGUUCUUAUGAAAUGGUAUAAUUGAUGAAAUACGUGCCUUGACUGAGUGUUCUGAUGACUCCUUGUGGACUUUAGUUCUUACUUCAUCACGGUUGAUUUGAUGCGAAGCCUCAGUGUCACUUCGCUCUAUGAAAUAUUUUUGUGUGGUUCAAAUAUGAAAACUUUAUACAUAAGCUUCAUAAAAAAAUAUUAAUGUCUGAAUGUCACCAAAAUAAAUCAAUAAAAAUAACUACCACAAACCAUAAA